AUGGGGCCUACUGGAGGCAGUGAUCUUUCGAUUAGAAAAGGCGAGAAAAAAUUGUGGAGUAGUGGGCCUUGGCAAGGAGAGACUUUCCUGUCACUUGACCUGAAAAUUCCCUACAACUUUACGUACCUUGCACGCGAUGGAGAUGUAUAUGCGACAUAUUAUAAUAAGUCUGUGCUAUCUAGAAUUCUGAUUGAUCAUCGCGGCAGAAUGGAGCUGUUUCAGUGGCUGGAGGUCAGGCAGGCCUGGGAUCUGCUAAUGGUGAAGCUGUAUUCCUGUGGAGCAUAUGCCAUGUGUGGGCCCAAUACAAUGUGUAAUACCAAUCACUCACCAGCGUGUAGGUGUUUGAGUGGGUUCAAACCACGAGUUGAGGUAGACUGGGAUUCGUCUGAUUUUUCUAAUGGAUGUGUUAGAAUAAGGCAAUGGCAUUGCACUGACAAAGUAGGAUAUAUCAAGGUAACCACCAUAAGAUUACCUGAAAGCCAAGAAUCUAUGGAGUUACCGGAUAAUAUAUGCGAGUUUCAAUGCUCAAAAAAUUGCUCAUGCACUGCCUAUGCAUACGGAAGUGGAGGUAGAUGUAUAUUACUUAAUCGAUUGGAUACAUAUGAAACAACAGUGCAGACAAUGCCGCCAUACUUCAUCAAGAAACGCAGCAAACACCAUAAAUGA